CAUAUAUAAGGUAGAGGAAAUCUCCCCGCCUCAUAACUCACGAAACCAAUGAUGAACGGCGAAUAUUGUAUUCAUGAUUGAGCUUAACGUGAUCGCGGUUGUAGGGUAGCAGAACUCAUUACUAUUCUGCUAGUUGUGAUGAGCUUGCUUUCUGUAAGGAAUCAUUGAAAAAUUGACCGAAAAAAUAAAAAAGAGAGGAAAUUAAAGAAACCUUCAAGUGAUUCUAACACUGCUACGUUAGCAUAUGCUUGCUGGAAUCGCAUUGAAACUCUAUUAGCCUUAUUGAUAAGAUCCAACGGUUUUUGAAUAUGAUGAGCAUGGCAGCUCCGAUUCCGAGGCAUAAAUUUGGCUUGUAAAUGUGGCGUUGAAUUUGGUUCCUAAGCAAUAAUCUAAUUGGUUCUGCGAUUAUUUAUUUCUAGAGAAUUUGAGAAAAUGGCUAUUGAUCAUAUAAGUUCUCUGUUUGCGAAAUUGCAAGCAUUAUCGACUUCAGAUCAUGGCUCCGUUGUGUCCAUGAACAUAUUUGUGGCACUUCUGUGUGCUUGUAUUGUCAUUGGACAUCUUCUUGAGGAAAAUCGCUGGAUGAAUGAAUCCAUCACUGCCCUUGUCAUAGGAAUAUGCACCGGCAUACUCAUUUUGAUGCUUAGCGGUGGUAGAAGCUCUCAUAUUCUUGUUUUCAGCGAAGACCUUUUCUUCAUAUACCUUCUGCCACCUAUCAUAUUUAAUGCCGGGUUUCAGGUGAAAAAGAAGCAGUUUUUUGUUAACUUUAUCACCAUCAUGAUGUUUGGUGCUAUUGGUACAUUGAUAAGUUGUGCCAUCAUAACUUACGGUGUCGCAAAAACUUUUAAGAAGAUCGGAAUUCGUUCACUGGAGAUUGCGGAUUAUCUAGCAAUUGGUGCAAUAUUUUCUGCUACGGAUUCUGUGUGCACCUUACAGGUGCUAAAUCAGGAUGAGACACCUUUAUUGUACAGUCUUGUAUUUGGAGAGGGUGUUGUAAAUGAUGCUACAUCAGUGGUGCUUUUCAAUGCAAUCCAAAGUUUUGACAUCAACCAAAUUAAUCCAUCAAUAGGGUUGCAUUUCUUUGGCAACUUCUUGUAUCUAUUUACCACAAGCACUCUUCUUGGGGUUUUUACUGGUCUACUCAGUGCUUACAUUAUUAAGAAGCUUUACAUUGGCAGGCACUCAACAAAUCGUGAGUUUGCUCUGAUGAUGCUAAUGGCAUACCUUUCCUACAUGAUGGCUGAAUUAUGCUAUCUGAGUGGAAUUCUCACUGUGUUCUUUUGUGGGAUUACAAUGUCUCACUAUACUUGGCAUAAUGUGUCUGAAAGCUCAAGAAUCACUACCAAACAUGCUUUUGCUACUUUGUCAUUUGUUGCCGAGACUUUUAUCUUCCUUUAUGUUGGUAUGGAUGCCUUGGACAUUGAUAAAUGGAGGUUUGCCAGCGACAGGCCUGCAACUUCUCUUGCUGUGAGCUCAGUAUUGUUGGGUCUAGUACUUGCUGGAAGAGCAGCAUUUGUUUUCCUCUUAUCAUUCAUAUCCAACAUCACUAGGAAGUCAUCAAAAGAGGGCAUAAGCUUCAGGCAGCAGGUGAUUAUUUGGUGGGCUGGUCUUAUGAGAGGAGCUGUUUCAAUGGCACUUGCUUAUAAUCAGUUCACCUUGUUAGGGCAUACCGCAAAGCGAGCGAAUGCCAUUAUGAUCACCAGCACCAUCACUGUUGUGUUAGUCAGUACAGUGGUGUUCGGUUUGAUGACAAAGCCAUUAAUAAGGUUUUUGCUGCCUGUGCCCAGCGGCCUUACGCCGAAACGGAAAAACAGCACCGCGAACAUAGUAGAUUCAGCUUCUCCAAAAGCUAUCACAGUACCAUUUCUCUCGAAUGGCGCAGACUCUGAAGCAAAUCUUGAACCCCAAGAAAGUUCUUAUGGUCGAACUCCAAGGAGCAUUCGUGACUUACUAUCCACUCCCACACACUCUGUUCAUCGCUUAUGGCGCAAAUUCGAUAACUCAUUUAUGCGUCCAGUUUUUGGUGGCAGGGGCUUUGUUCCAAUCGAACGCGGUACACCAACCGAACGCAACACCCAAAAUCAGUGGCAUUGAUGGCCAAUAACCACAGGGGAACACGAAUAUUGUAAA